GACACCGCUGAUCCAUUCUGGCACGAGUUUUAAAAUAGCACGCGGUUUCCCCUUGCUCGUGAUUGCGACUGACUAUUACGACGUGUUUUCCAUUCAUAAAUAGGGAAGCACUUGCUGCGUGAGCGGCCAUCUUGACUAUGUGGUCAAUAGAGCUCCUUUUAUUUUCAUCGUUUAAACCGUAGACUAUCGUUCGAAUCUUCGAGAAUGGGUAAAUAAUUAGUUAGACGGAAAUAUUUCGAACGCAUUGAGUACGCAGUGCACAGCUGAUCAGUGGUCUCGGCGGACGGUCGCCGCUUGUUCGUGCUUUAAAAUAUUGGAAAACGACAGAAAAGUUACUGUUAUCCGCGUGUCUAUACAGUGGCAGUUGAAAUUUCACUUUGCAGCAAAUGAAUAAAACCGCGGCGUUUACCAAGUGUCUUUAUCGAGUGCUGGAAGUGAACUGUUAACUGAUUCCUCGUUCGUUGGACAUUUCCAAUGGUUGCCGUCCGACAUAAGAGGAACCAGGGUCAAUCGGUCCUACGAAUUCUAAUCUUCGCCGACGAUUUUAGCUGCUCCGACGUGCCUCUCGAUUUAAAAACCACGUUAAUCAGUUAGAAAGUGUCGUUUCGAGCGGCCAUUACGAGAGUAAACACCGUAGGCCUGCCAGGAGGAUGGGGGCCCACGAUGGGGGAGUGCCAUUGCUCUAACAUCGCUAUCAUGCAGCUGUUCCAUGAGCUGAAGCAGCAGUUCCCUGCGCUCCCUGAUCACGUCGUUUCCCAGUGCAUCGCCCAGAAUAGCCACGAUCGGGAGACAUGCGCGAGAAGCCUUCGUGCCACUCAAGAGUCACGUCAGUCUCCGGGCGCGUUCCCACCGACGGCACUUUACGCCAUCCUCCAGCAACAGCAGCAACAGCAACAACAGCAACAGCAGCAACAUCAUCAACGAGUGAACCACCUGGCCACGCAGCAGCAACGUUUCUGCACGAUGAACCAAUUGCAACGCGCCAGCAACAGCACGAACAACAAUACGCGACCACACAGACCAGCCUCGCUGGACAUCGGUAUGGCACGGCGCUGUCCCGUCAGCUGCACACGAGCAGCCGCGAUAUCAGCCUCGUCGCCGAUAGCUGCUGACUCGGUCAGCACCCCUUCUUCAGCGCCUGCCAUCUGCACGACCGCGUCGCGCGGUUUCUUCGACGAUUGCACCGGACUGGGCGACGCGAACUGCCUUAACAAAGUCCAGAACGCGGGAAACGAGCCAGCCGGAUUCGAGCUGAACGUGAACGUUGCCUGCAGCCCUGCUGGCAAUCGCGACUUUCGAACGGUGCCUACGAUCGUUGGUGCCUGUAAACGAAGCGAUCUGCUGCUCGACCCACGGACUCAUUACGCCGAGCCGUUACUCAACGCGGAGAACACGGGCCCGCAGAUCGAUCACACGCGAAGCUACACCUCGGUCAGUCUGACGCUGAGGCCGCCAUCCUCGGAACCGCAGCCACCGAUCGACAUCAGAUCGCAGGGCUCGAGCCUGACUUACUCGAGCUCCUCCCUGGAUCCCCGGGGCUUUCAAAGCCGUCUUCAGAUUAGCAUCGGUGCGGGAGCCGUCGGCGGUGUGGCGGCUGCGAGAAUCAGGCCUCCGAUGGGCCCUAUCAGGCCCAACAGCUUGAUACCGCCGGUACAAACCGGUCCUCAGAGACCACCAGUUGCAGGUCUUCCGGCAGGACCACCUAGUCAGUUACCGAGGCCGACGACGACAAUGAGCGCCCCGACCACACCUUCCGUACCAUCCACGACCAACAUCGCCCCCUCCAUUAGCCUUCCGACAACACCGUCGGGACCGACCACGACCUCGCCGCCCUCCAGUCCCAUUGGCGAACGAAUACCGGCCAAUUCUGAUCAGAACCGAUCGCCGUUGAAUCAAGUGGCGGAGCAUCAAAGGGAAUUGGUCGCCGAGCAGUUGGCAAGAAAAGAUAGACUCGCCAGGGAAUUGAGAGCCGAGAAAGGACGACUCGAAGCUAUGAAGAAAGAAUUGCAGUCCCUCGCGAGGCCCUUUGAUUCUUCGAUGCCUCCUCAGGAACUGAAGAAAAAAUUGAGGAGCGAGAUCUAUCAGCUACAAGUGGAAUGCGACAGACUCGCGGACGAGGUGGAUCAGUGGUCUGACCCAAGAGUACCUUUGGGCGAAACGAACGAAAAGUUUUAUCAGCGUAUUUACACGGGUCAGCCCCUACCAUCGAGAUCUGUCAGCGCCGACCCACCGCCUCUGCCGAGUCAGCCACCCGCCUGGCAACCGGAACCGAGCGGCAACAACGUUGAUAGAGAGGAACGAGACGGACCUUCUUGGGUCUGUAGAAUGUGCACCUUCGACAAUCAUCCAUUGAUGAAUAAGUGCGAGCAGUGCGACAUGCCGAGGCUGUUGGAUCACGGAAACACAGGUGCACGAAAUGGACCUGUUGCCGAAGCACAUGUGUCAUCGGUGCAGUUACAAGCUAGAGGAGUUUCACAAAUUCUACAUGGACUGUCUGAAGACAGACGCGGGUUUGAAGAAUCAGUUGUCAUGGAUGCGAAAGGAGGACUCGAAGGAGAGAGUCGGUGUGCCGAUGGUGCACAUAGAAAACAUCAAGAUCAAAGUAGAGCCGCCGGAUUACGACCUGUACGACGAUAACGACUACAUAAAUACUACGAUGAGUUCGGUAACUUAUCCGGUGAACGGUGUCCAAUCCAAUAAUAUUGCCGAUCGUAUAACGUAUACCUCGUAUGCACGUUGCGGUUGUUACUGUGAUAAAGCGGACCAAAGUAAUCGAACUG